AUGGAGGUGUCAUUUAACUAUUUACGUCAUGGCGGCAAAUAUAUUCUGUUUGGGUGUUGCCCUCCUACACACCAGGCCACAAUUAACCCUUUCGCUGUAUACGAUAAGGAAUUGACGGUUAUUGGUGUAAAAAUUAACCCCUUCAGUUUUCCUAAAGCACUUGGACUGUUAAGUGCUAUGGGCAGCAGGUAUUUGAACUACGAAAAUCUUGGUGUCAAAACAUAUGCACUAUCAGAAUACAAAUCGGCAUUGGAGGCGUUAAAAAAUGGAAGCAUAUCUAAGGCGAUAUUUAAGAUUUAA